CCGGGCGGCCAUUUUAGUGCGCGAUCGAGUGCCAUCUUUGGAGCAAGUCGUUUUCGCCUGCCUGCCACAGUCGACCGUUCGCCGUACGCUCGUGCAAACGUAACACUGCUGAUUCCUCAGUGACGAAACGAUCGAAACGAAGAGACUUUUUCAUUGUUGGUGUUGGUGAUUGGUGGUGAUUUAGUGAUUGAAAAACGAAAGCAAACGAAAAGCAACGAAAACCGUGUCAAUUUGGUAAAAGAAACCAGAAGGAAACAAACAGUGAAACGUGAAGGAAACAGCUUACAGGGGGGAGAAAGUCAACCGACAACCUAACCUAACAUACAAGUACGUUACGUGCAGGCCCUAACUGCCCCACGGCAGUGGUAGAAUGUACCGAUCCUAGUAGUGAUCCGCUGUGUGCCGCUGUGUGAGAGAGGUUUUUCUGUUUUCUUUCGGCCAAACCAUUGCAAGCUGUACUUUAGCCCGCUUUUUUCACAGAGUGCAACCAAAAUCCAGUGCAAAAAGGGCAAAAGCAACGUCCAGUGAAAAAUGGAGCAGUUUGAGCAACUACUCACGUGUUGCGUGUGUCUCGAUCGAUACCGCAACCCGAAGCUGCUACCAUGCCAGCAUUCGUUCUGCAUGGAACCGUGCAUGGACGGUCUGAUCGACUACGUCAAGCGACAGGUCAAGUGUCCAGAAUGUCGGGCGGAGCACCGGAUACCGUACCAGGGCGUGCAGGGCUUCCCAACCAACGUCACCCUGCAGCGGUUUCUCGAGCUGCACAUCGAAAUUACGGGCGAGCUGCCAGAUCCAACGUCCGGUCAGGUGAUGGAACGGUGCAACGUCUGCUCGGAGAAGGCGUACUGUGCGCUGUGCGUUCACUGCGACAAGAAGAUCUGCGCGGACUGCAAGGGCGCCCACAUGGACAUCCUGCGGCGUGAGAUCAGCCGCAUCAACAACCAGAUCCGGCGGGGACUGCACCGACUGAAGGAGGUGCUGGCCGUGGUCGAGAAGAAUGCCUCCAACCUGCAGAACAACUGCACGAGCGUGUCGGAGGAGAUCGACGAGAUCUACCGGCGGCUGCAGAAGGCACUGAAGGACCGGACCGACCAUCUGCGGCACGAGAUGGACAAGUACAUGUCGACCGAGCUGAAGAACGUGGUGGCGCUCAAGGAAAACCUCGAGCUGGAGAUUGCCAACAUCCAGAGCAACGCGGACCUGGCCGAGAAGUACAUGAACGAUUCGGUCGAGUGGGACGACUGCGAGCUGAUGGACACGAAGGAGAUCUUCCUGCGGACGGUCGACUUCAUACGCAACUUCGACUGCGAAACGAUGGACUACAGCCGGAAGGUGCGCUUCAUCAUGAACAUCGACCCGAACAAGCUGAUCAACGAGGUGUCCGCGUACGGUGACCUCAACCUGCCGAACCAUGGCGGGGCGGCGACGAGCCAAAGCCAAGGGCUGCUGCAACCGCCGCCCGGUCCGGGGCUGAUGCGCUCCAAGAGCGAUCACCGGCUGGCGGCCCAGUUCCGCCAGCAGCAAGAAGCGCAGCCCUGGAACGCGGACGAGGAGCCGCUGCUCGGCGGGCGCAAGUUCGGCGAGCGGCCCCCGAAACCGGCCGCCCAGGAGCGCGACCGGUACGGUGGUGAGUCGCGGUACGGCCGCGGCACGACCGACUACGACUACGACGACGACACGACGUCCGCUAGCCGCACCGGGAAGGGCCGGUUCCGGUCGCGCUUCGCCCGCUCCCACCAGCUCGAUAACGAUUCGGACAACGAAUCGAAAUCGAACGCCAAAUCGGCGGCCGAGCUGGAGAAGGAGCGCAACAAGGUGUCCAGCACGGAGGACUGCGCCAAGGGCCCGCUCAGCGGUAUCUUCCGUCUGAUGGACUCGCCGCGCGUCAUGAAGCGCCUGCAGGACCAGGAGAAGGGCAAGAAGGAAAAGAAGGCAUCGCCGGCGACGACGCCGACGCUCGCGAAACCCUCGCCACUGGGUGUGAAGCCGAAGUCAACGCCGACCGCAGCCGCCCGCCAGCUGUCCGAGGACGAUGAGAUUGCGAAGAUCAAGCGCCAGAACAAGGGCGCGUCCGGGUCGAGCACGGCGGCGCAGGUGACGGCGGCCACUGCGGUCACCGAACCGGAGCGCCCCACGGCGGACCGUGUGUCCGCACUGAAGGCGGGCCGUACCGCGACGCCGACCGGCAGCGACGAUAGCGACAGUGCCACGUCACCGGCCCGUCGCUCGUCGCCCCACGUCGAGGCCGACAGCGAUCAGGACGAUUCGGAAUCGAACCGCCGUACCGCGCGUCAAGCCUCCGUCGGCAGCAAGCCGGCGGCCGGAGCGGCGGCGGUGGCAGCAACCAAAAAGUCGUCCGUCACCCGCUCUGCCAGCAGCGAAUCGAACUCGUCGAGCGAAAGCUCCAGCCCGUCGCCCGUGCCCGCUUCCACGCGCACCGACCCAGAGGUAAAGCCGAAAACGAUCCUCAAGAACGCGAACGAGAACGCCAGCCAGCGCAACGGCACUGCCAGCCCGACCGAAACGGCCAAAAAGCCGUUCCAGAGCCGGUUCCUGCCGCAAACGCAGCCACCGGCGCAGACGGCGCCGGAAAAGAAGGAAGAGUCGGAGAGCAGCUCCGAGGAGGAAUCGUCCUCGGAGGAAGAGUCCGAAGAGGAGGAAGAGGAAGAGGAGGAGAAGCCGGCGGCCGCGCCCGCACCAGCAGCAGCGGCCACCAGCACUGCCCGCUCUUCCCCGAUCACCACCACGACUUCCUCGUCACGCACGACACACGACACGCCGAGCAGUCCGCUGUUUGGGCGCGUGUCGCGCCAGGAUUCGUCCGACAGUACGCGCAAGUCGUCGCGCGAUGAGCUGCGCACGUCCAGCGGCUACUCCAGCCCCACGAGCUACCGCAGCCAGAACCACUACGAGCGCGACGAAAGCCCCAAGUACGGUUCGUCCUCGAGCGGCUCGUCCGCGCUGCGCUCGCGCACCACCAGCCACGCGGCCGAACCGGAGGACAACAAAUAUGGCAGCGGUUCCGGGUACACGAGCCGCUUCCUGAACAAGAGCAAGAGCACGGCGGUCGUCGCCCCGGAGGACGAUGCCACGGACGAUUCGGACAGCCGGUACGGGGCGGGUGGCCGCAGCCGGUUCACCGCGCUGCAGGACCGCCGGACCCGGCUGGCCCGCAGCCGCUCGUCGCACAACUUCGGUAACGACGACGAGGAGGAUGAACCGGUGUCGCCGACCACCACGUCACCGUCGGCUUACCUUGCCUCCAGGUACGGUGCGUCCUCUUCACUCGCCUCCCAGCCGUCGGACCUGUCUCGCAGCCGCUCGACGCACGCCCUCAAGUCGCGCGAACCAUCGCCCGAACGCAACAGUACGGGCGCCGGUGGCGACAAGGACGGAGCCGCCCUGAGCUCGUGGGCCCGCUACCUGAAGAACAAGUACGGCAACCGCACGACCAAGGACGGCAAGGACUCGCCCAGCUCGUCCUCCUCCACCUCCGGGCUCGGAUCGUCCUCCCUGUCCUCCCCAUCCUCCGCCUCCUCCUCCUCCUCCGCAACGUCCGGGUCCAGUGCGUCGGCUUCGGCUGCCGCCCGGCGACUCAGCCUUGGUCUGCCGUUGCGCCAGACCGACCUACUCAGCUCGGACGACGAUUCAAAAAACGGGGUAGGCUCCCCUACCUCUCCUACGGCAGCAGCAGCGGCAGUAGCCGGUAUACCCGGGGCAGCAGGUAUGUCCCCUAGGACGCAGUACCUGCAGAAGCGCCGGCAGCUGUUCCAGAUAGGAGGUCGGGGGAGCGAACCAGGUUCCUUCACGUGGCCGCGCGGCAUCGCCGUCGGUCCGGACAAUAGUAUCGUCGUGGCGGACUCGUCCAACCAUCGCGUGCAGGUGUUCGACUCGAACGGCAUCUUCGUCAAGGAGUUCGGCCAGUACGGCAACGGGGACGGCGAGUUUGACUGUUUGGCCGGUGUCGCGGUCAACCGUAUCGGUCAGUUCAUCAUAGCCGAUAGAUACAACCAUCGCAUACAGGUGCUCGAUCCGGCCGGUCGUUUUCUGCGAUCGUUCGGCUCGCAGGGCACCACCGAUGGGAAAUUCAACUACCCCUGGGGCAUCACCACCGAUGCGCUCGGGUUCAUCUACGUUUGCGAUAAGGAAAAUCAUAGAAUUCAGGUAUUCCAAUCCGAUGGAUCAUUUAUUGGCAAGUUUGGCACCUGCGGCAAGGAAAAGGGCCAGCUCGAACAUCCGCACUACAUCGCCGUCUCGAACACGAACCGCGUCAUCGUGUCCGAUUCCAACAACCAUCGGGUGCAGAUUUUUGACGUCAACGGUCGCGUCCUGACAACGUUCGGCGGCGAAGGCUCCGAGGAAGGUCAAUUUAAAUUCCCAAGGGGCGUUGCGGUGGACGAUCAGGGCUACAUCUGCGUCGCCGACUCGGGUAACAACCGCAUCCAGAUCUUCCACCCGGACGGCAGCUUCCUGCGCGCGUUCGGCUCGUGGGGUUCGGGCGACGCCGAGUUCAAGGGACUCGAGGGCGUUGCGAUCAUGUCGAACGGCAACAUCCUGGUGUGCGAUCGGGAAAACCAUCGUGUGCAGGUGUUUUAGUGUGACGGUUGUUCGAGGUUGCUGUGAAAGCGGCAAUGGCGUACAUUUGAGCGUUCAUCAAUGAAGUUGUCAUCAAGUCAUCAAAACGAAUUGCUGCAACCGCACAGCGUUACACUUAAGCCGUAUUUUGUGUCACCAACCCUUCCUUAGCCUAAUUCGUUUCAAAUUGUUCUCUUAAUGUUUCAUCGUUGCAAAACACCUUUCAUUCGUAUCACUAAUAGGAAUGGAUGUUUGAAGCAGUUUACCGACAAAUUCAACGUACACUCAUCAACAUAAGCACAGUGGAAUAUGUAAUGCGCCCAAUCGUUCGCUCGUAAGCUAAUAAGCGGACGAUGGUUUAAUAUGACGGUAAUGGUUGAACGUUACAUUACCGCUAGUGGUGGCUUUUUGCUAGAUAGUUAGAUGGAAAUAAAGGUUUUUUCUCUUCUUUGUCUGAAGUUUUCA